AUGGCGCCACACCCUGCCAUGCAACCAGGAUUCUAUAUGCAACAUCCUCAGGCUGCAGCAGCAGCAAUGGCUCAGCAGCAAGGAAUGUUCCCCCAGAAAAUGCCAUUACAAUUUGGUAAUCCACAUCAAAUGCAGGAUCAACAGCAGCAGCUACACCAGCAGGCUAUCCAAGGUCAAAUGGGACUGAGACCUGGAGGGAUAAAUAAUGGCAUGCAUCCAAUGCACAGCGAGGCUCUUGGAGGUGGCAACAGCGGUGGUCCACCUUCGGCUACCGGUCCAAAUGAUGCACGUGGUGGAAGCAAGCAAGAUGCGUCUGAGGCUGGGACAGCUGGUGGAGACGGGCAAGGCAGCUCUGCUGCUGCACACAACAGUGGAGAUGGUGAAUCUUAUCUGAAGGGGUCGGAAGCAGCAAA